AUGCGACACGGGAGCGCGGAUUCGAGCGAUGGGAAUUCGAGCGGCGAGCGCGAGACGGAGGACGAAACGCGGCGCGCGGGAGCGGCGACGCGCGCGGGACCGGCGCCGUGCUCGAGCGACGAUUCCGACGAUGAGGGUGAUGGUGAUGAUGGAUCGUAUUACGGCAUCGAUCGGGACGGGGCGAGAGAUUCCCACUCAAGCGACGACGACGGCGAGCGAGACGAACGAGGCGAACAAUUGGUGGACAUUUAUCAUCGCUUGGGCGAACACACGAAGAGUGGGAAAGAACGAAGUGCGAACGUGAGUGCGGCGAGGCAAGAGUCAGCGUCGGGAAAUGCGUCGAUCGAGGGCGAGGAUAGCUUAGUCGUGGGAGUGAGUGGGAAGAUUUACGCUGAAAAGUCGUUCGGGGUGUUCGGGGCGGAGAACCCGAUUCGCAAGUUUUGCAUUCAGCUCGUCGAGAGACACGAGUUUGAUUGGAUCGUACUGCUGAUUAUCGCUGCGAAUACGAUUUUGCUGUGCCUCAGCGAACCCGAGCGCUUGGAGGGUAGAGGGUGCGGGCAGUUUGCCACGCGAGGGGCGAGGAACGACGCGGCGGAGCGGAGCGAACUCACGUUCACUAUUUUAUUCACCCUCGAGGCGUUGCUGAAGAUGAUAGCGUUCGGUGUGGUGGGUAAAUUGAAUACAAAAAACUCGGGGGCGUAUUUACGCGACUCGUGGAACGUGAUGGACUUUGGCAUUGUCAUCGUGUCCGUCGUCGCCCUCCUGCCAGGCGAUAUGGGGUCAAACGUGUCCACCUUAAGAACAGUGCGAAUUCUGCGUCCGCUGCGAACGAUUAGCAUGUUCCCAUCGCUUCGAUUGCUGAUCGAGACAAUGUUGAAGUCUCUACCACUUCUUGCGAACGUGAUUGUAUUCUUUUUGCUAUUCUUCUGCAUUUUCGGUAUCAUUGGCGUGCAGUUCUUUGCCGGAAAGAUGAGAACACGGUGCUUCGAUGUACUUCCGCCAAGCGUGCCGUGCGAGAGUUACACGGCGCAAGAAUACGUACGAUGCAUCAAACGCGCUUCUGGUGACGCAGUUUUGCUGAAAAAGAACGAAGAUCAAGCAUGUGGAACCACCGCCCAAGCCGCGUGGCAGUGCCCCAGCGGCCAAGAGUGUUUAGAUCACGAAAAUCCAAACUAUGGAUACGCGAGUUUCGAUAGCGUCUGGUGGUCUUGGCUCGUGAUCUUCCAGACGAUAACCCUCGAGUAUUGGUCGCCCGUGAUGUUAGACCUCAUAGAUUCAGUAUCGCCUGCGGUCGUGAUGUGGUUCCUGCCCGUGAUAUUUUUUGGAUCGUUCGUGAUAUUGAACUUGGCACUCGCCAUCAUCACCAUGGUUUACGACGCGAAUAUUAUGGAUGAGUUGCAAAGAGUCUCGAGUGGGAGCUUCUCCACCUUCGAAAGAGCUAUCCAGGCGCUAUCACGCUCAGAAAGUGCCACGAAUGACGGGUUAGGAGAAGCAAUGAGCGCGUCCGUCGUGCGCCACAAACGCAGUCAAACUCUCGAGUGGAUCAAAACGCAACUCGUCAGAAUAAAGAACUUCGUACAACCACGUGCGCGGAAGUUCGUGGAUGGUGAUUUUUUCUUCAUGGUCAUCAACUUCAGUAUUUUGUUGAACACACUCGUGCUCGCGAUGGAAUACGACGGCAUGUCUAACAGUUACUCAGAGGCGCUGGAAAACGCGAAUCUGGCGUUUACUGCGAUUUUCAUGUUUGAAUUAUUGAUUAAAGUCGUAGCGCUUGGUAUACCUGAGUACGUGCGUGAUCGCAUGAAUUGGUUGGAUGCGGGGAUUGUGCUCGUGUCUUGUAUUGAACUCGGCUUGAAUGGAGGUGAAGGCAAGUCAAAAUUCACCGUCCUUCGCGCGCUCCGAGUUUUCCGAAUCCUCAAGUUGAUGCGAACGUGGCAGUCUCUACAGAGCACGCUUAAAACAAUUUGGAAGACUCUGGUCGAUUUAUCGAGUUUUCUAGCGAUUUUGUGUCUAUUUGUUUUGAUUUUUGCGCUCGUCGGGAUGCAACUUUUUGGCGGCAAUUACUGUAAGAUUGACCCAAAGCCGCGGUCGAACUUUGACACCUUCAACAACGCUAUUAUUACUGUCGUGCAAGUCAUCACGCACGAGGAUUGGCCAUUAGUGAUGUAUGACACCAUGUUCACCACCGCGAAAGUCGCUCUUCUGUAUUUCGUGGUCGUCCUCAUUCUGGGCGACUUUAUCAUUCUCAACUCGCUCAUCGCCAUCUUGCUGAGCAACUUUGACAAUCGCAAAGAAGUCCUGCAAGAGCAACUGCAAGAGAGUAGGGCUGCGAAGAAACAAAGUAUCUUUGGCGUGUUUGCUGGGAUGCGAAUGACUAAAUCGGACAGUGUCCGUAGUCGUGAGUCGAAUGAUAGCGCAAAUAAUGAGCCAUCCCAAACUGCGACGAGAUUUGCACAUUUUGCCCACGAAUUGCUGAAGAGAGAGAAGAGAAAAGCAGCGGCUAAAGUUGAAAAUUUGAGAUUGCAGCGAGCCAGAAAGAUGAUUGAGGAAGAAAGUAGCGCUGAGACAACCAGCGUCAUUAUGAGUCCGAAGGACAUGCAGAAGAAGCAGCCAGGGGCGCUUAGUAAAGUUCCGCUCACUAAGUUUGAACAAAGCAGCUUUUUUGGAUUGUUCAAGCCAUCGCACCCAGUCCGUAAAGCGUGCUUCGCGAUCGCGGACGACAGGCGAUUUGACUGGUUCAUUCUUAUGUUGAUCAUUGCCUCGAGUAUAACCAUGUGUUGGGAGACGCCAGAGAAUAUGGACAAUCCAAACUUUGAGGAGAGAGCAGAAAUUCUUGAUUACUGUUUCACUUCUGCAUUUGUGGUGGAGUUGUUGAUGAAGUGGAUCGCGUUAGGCAUGUUCAACGCCGAUAAGUACUCGUACUUGAAGAACCCGUGGAACGUUCUCGAUGGCACUAUCGUGUUUUUCGGAUUGCUCGGUAUGGGUCUCGGAUCCAGCGCGGAUCUUAAAUGGGUUCGUGCGUUACGUACUUUGCGCGUUUUGCGACCGCUUCGACUUCUCGGGCGAGUACAAGGGUUAAAAGUGGUAAUCAACGCGCUCAUUGCAUCGCUUCCGAGUCUCGUGUACGUGCUUCUGGUAUCGUUGAUUGUGUGGAUCAUAUUUGCUAUCGCAGGAAUGUCGUUGUUCAUGGGUAAGUUUAAAAGUUGCUCCGAUCCCACGAUUCUCACUAAAUCGGCGUGCGUCGAUUCUUGGUCAAACGGCACGAGUGUGCGGACUUGGGAUGUCAUAACGUCUUCGUGCAACGACUACACCAAAACGACCGAAUCUGCAUGCACUGGCAGCUACACAUCUGCGGUUUAUGUCACUCGAGAUUGGGAGAGUGCUGACAGCAACUUUGACUCUUUCCCACGAGCAAUGCUCACGUUGUUUGAGACGACGUCUGGCGAAGGGUGGACAGUGACUAUGUUCAACGCAGCUGACGCCGUGGGCACGGAUGUGGCGCCCGUGCGAGAUCGUACUCCAGUCGCGACGUGGUAUUUCCUCAUUUUUAUCGUUCUGUCGAACUUCUUCUUGUUCAAUAUGUGCAUCGGUAUCGUCAUCGACAACUUUUUGAAGAUAUCGACGACGUCGCUGACGCGCACCAUUAUGAGCGAGUCACAGGCAAGGUGGGUUGCUCAGCAGCGCAACAGGAACUUCACCGCUCGACAAUCAUUUUUCAGAAGACCGCCUCAUCAAAAGUGGCGCGCAAAGCUCUUCCAAUUGAUCAACGACACAAGAUUUGAUGCGAGCAUCAUGGUUAUCAUCUUCAUUAACACCGUGGUGCUCAUGACGGAGACGGAUCACGACAGCUCCUCAAAGAAGUUUGCAUUGGAUGUGUUGAACUACAUCUUCACGGCUGCGUUUGCAGUUGAAGCGAUGAUGAAAAUUGGCGCGCUGUACCCGCGACGUUACUUUUCAUCCGGUUGGAAUGUGUUCGACUUUAUCAUCGUCGUAACGUCCAUCUUGGGUGCAAUUUUGCAGUCGGGAACGGGAUCUAGCGCGUUCCGCGCUCUGCGCAUCUGCAGAGUUUUCCGUAUGGUGAAAAAGUGGAAAUCAUUGAACACGUUGUUCCAGACGCUGGUGAUGACAAUUCCUGCGCUCGGCAACAUAUCUCUGUUGUUGGCGCUGCUGUUUUUUAUAUACGCCAUAUUAGGCACACAAGUCUUCGGGCGUCUCGCGUAUGGCGAAGCGCUCAAUAGGCACGCAAACUUCAAAACUUUUGGAAAUUCCCUCUCCACGCUUUUGCGGAUGUUGACCGGCGAGGGGUGGCAAGAGAUCAUGAAUGAUUGCAUGAACAAGAAAAACUGCGACGCUUCUUUCGAUUGCGCCAUCGGGACGUGUUGCGGCACCGCCGUCGCUCCAGUUUACUUUGUCAGCUUUGUCGCUUUCUCUUCGUUCAUUAUUCUCAACUUACUCAUCGCUGUCGUGCUCGAUAACUAUUCGAUGAGUAGAAAGGAAGCUGAGAAUGAGAACGUGACUCCUGAAGACGUCAAGGCUUUCCGCAGAGUUUGGAAAAAGUUCGACCCAGAUCUCACCGGUUUCGUCAGCGCGAUCGACGUAAAGGCCAUCAUUCUCGCCACGCCAAAACCAUUGGGUUUGAAGGGCAAGCGCGUCACUGACUUGGGCAUGCUCAACCACGUUCGAUCGCUCAAUCUACAAGGAGGGUCGAGGUUUCUUCAUUACACCGAGCUCUUGCAGGCUUUUACGGCCAAGGCUAUGGGUGUGGAUCUCAACUACCUCCCGCUCGAAAUUCGCCGCGAACUCGAGGAGGAUCGGAGAAACGCCAAACGGGCUUCUCUCUUGAGACUUCGAAACAAAGUCCGUCGAAGAGCGACUCUCGUCAGAGAACUUUCUCGCAAAGAACAAGCCGCCGAUGAACUUCGCGGGGACUCUUUUGCGUCCAUUCGCGAGAUGGAAAUCGCAGAAGAAGGCGACGAGAACGAAUUGUUUGAUCUCGACGGCAAGCCAAUUUCCAUGAGCGUCAUGCUCGUCGUCUUAAAACUUCAGCGUCGAUUCCGCGCGCGGCGAGCCCGCGCGGCUGCGUCUGCGCCCGACGCAAAUAUUUAACCUUUCUAGCAUCAGCAGUAGC